AUGGCACAUUUCUCCCUCUCUUUCUCUCUCUCAGUUAAAUUAGUCCUGCCUCUCUCUCAGUUCAUAUCUGUCUGCCUUUCUCAUUUCAUAUCUGCCUCUCUCUCCCUCUCUCAGUUCAUUUCUGCUUGCCUCUCUCUCUCUUUUGCUCACUCUCAGUUAAAUUCUUCCUGCCUCUCUCUCAGUUCAUAUCUGUCUGCCUUUCUCUCUCUCUCUUUUGCUCACUCUCAGUUAAAUUCUUCCUCUCUCUCAGUUCAUAUCUGUCUGCUUUUCUCACUUCAUAUCUGCCUCUCUCUCUCUCUCACUCUUUGCUCACUCUCAGUUAGAAUUCUUCCUGCCUCUCUCUCCCCUAUCUGUCUGCCUUUCUCAUUUCAUAUUUGCCUCUCUCUCUCUCCCUCUCUCAGUUCAUUUCUGCUUGCCUCUCUCUCUUUUUGCUCACUCUCAGUUAAAUUCUUCCUGCCUCUCUCUCAGUUCAUAUCUGUCUGCCUUUCUCUCUUUCUCUCUUUUGCUCACUCUCAGUUAAAUUCUUCCUGCCUCUCUCUCAGUUCUUAUCUGUCUGCCUUUCUCACUUCAUAUCUGCCUCUCUCUCUCUCUCUCUCUUUUGCUCACUCUCAGUUAAAUUCUUCCUGCCUCUCUCUCAGUUCCUAUCUGUCUGCCUUUCUCAUUUCAUAUUUGCCUCUCUCUCUCCCUCUCUCAGUUCAUUUCUGCUUGCCUCUCUCUCUCUCUUUUUUUCACUCUCAGUUAAAUUUUUCCUGCCUCUCUCUCAGUUCAUAUCUGCCUCUCUCUCUCUCUCUCUCUCUCUUGCUCACUCUCAGUUAA